AUGGCUGCUGCGAAGCUUGAAGCGAUUGUUUGCCAUGAACAUGAUGAUGAUGAUGAAUCAUCAGAGCUGAAUGGAGGUAUAAGCGUCGUCUAUCAACUUCUCGAUCAAAUCCACCACAACCACGUUGACAAGAGUUCCGAACGUAGAGGCUUGAGUGAAAGGUUUCUGAGAUGGAGACGGAGAUAUCUUCCUGUUGAUGGAGACAACAGACGUGACCACGGUACGGUGAAACAGUCAGGACCGCUUGUGUCUGGAACAGCUUACUGCAUCUCUUCCUGCAGCAUGAUCAUCAUGAACAAAAUCGUUCUCUCUAGCUAUAACUUCAACGCAGGAAUCUCUUUGAUGUUGUAUCAAAACUUAAUCAGCUGUUUGGUGGUAGCUGUACUAGAUUUCUCUGGAGUGGUUUCUGUGGAAAGGUUUAACUGGAAGUUGAUUAGAGUGUGGAUGCCUGUCAAUGUUAUCUUUGUUGGCAUGCUGGUCUCGGGGAUGUACAGUUUGAGAUACAUUAACGUUGCUAUGGUGACUAUUCUGAAGAACGCAACGAAUAUAAUUACGGCGAUAGGGGAAUUAUACAUGUUCCGGAAAAGGCAGAACAACAAGGUUUGGGCUGCAAUGUUCAUGAUGAUCAUCUCUGCAAUCAGCGGAGGCAUCACGGAUCUCACUUUCAACGCAGUAGGGUACACGUGGCAGGCUGCCAACUGCAUUCUAACCGCAAGUUAUUCACUUACUCUGCGUCGAGUGAUGGACAAAGCAAAACAGUCAACAAAAUCCGGGUCCCUUAAUGAGGUGUCAAUGGUGCUUCUGAAUAAUCUCUUGUCAAUACCUUUUGGCAUCAUCUUGAUCAUCUUAAUGGGUGAAUGGAGAUACGUAAUAAGCACGGAUGUAACAAAAGAUGCAAUGUUUUGGGUAGUUGCAACAGGGAGCGGCUUCCUAGGUCUGGCCAUUAGCUUCACUUCAAUGUGGUUCUUGCAUCAAACCGGACCCACAACAUACAGUCUGGUGGGUUCACUGAACAAGGUUCCAAUAUCACUUUCCGGUCUUGUACUCUUCGAUGUCCCUCUCAGUCUCCCAAAUUUGUUCAGCAUACUUUUUGGUUUAUUUGCCGGAGUGUUCUUUGCCAGAGCUAAAAUGUCAUAA